GAGAAAAAAAAAUUACAGGCAACUACCCCGCGAGAUACUUUGACCCGCGCCUUUCCCCCAAUUUCGAUUCACUGAAGCAUCAAACACUCCAAUGAUCAAUCAAUCGAUCAGUUAUUGAUUGCUCAAACACGACACAAUUCCCCAAAUAUCUCAAAACAACGAUGGAAGUUUCAGCAAUUUCCGAUAACGUAACAACAAUCAACAGCAAGCAUCACCAUAACCUAGGGUUAGCAAAUUCCCUCACUCGCCGACACAACCUCGCACUCUCACCACCCGAUCCACAACGCCGCCGCCUCGAAAUCCGUGCCCAAACUCUACCGAUCGACGCCGUCGCUCCACCGCCGGUCAAACCUAGCACAAUACCUAAAACACACUCCAGGAAACGUUCUCGUGUUAGAAGAAAACAGAAAUUGGAUCGUACUGGUGCUGACCACGGAGGAAACGACGGAGGAUUAUUCGGUGGAGGAUUAUUUGGUGGCGGCGAUGGUCCGUUUGGUGGUGGCGGUUCUAACGGCAACGGUAACGGUAACGGUGGCGGUUUUAACGAGUUUAAUUGGGGUGAAUCGUCGGGUUAUCCGGCGGAUCCGGCUUUUGAUUUUGUUUAUGAGGCGCUUACGUGGUUCGUGUUGUCAAAUUGCUUGCACUUUGCGUUUAAGAGAGUUGUUAGGAUAUUUAUUGAUGGAUCUGCUGAUUCCGGUGAGAGAAGAUUCAGAUAAGGAAGUGGCAAUGCGUUACAAAAUCGGUUCUGUAAGAGAAUGGAUUAUAGAAACACUGUGACUUUGUGAGCCAGUGAGGUGUUGAAAUUGUUCUGUGGGGUACUGUGUGCAGAAGCGGGGUCGACAAACUAUCUGGUUUUCUAAGCCAUGUUUUUGGCAGGUGUCUUGCAGCCUUUGUUGGUAACUUGGUAUUGAUUCAUCAUCAGAAGCGUGGAUCAUUGUAUCAAGGUGAGCAAUUAAUUGUACAAAAUGUUUAAGAUGUUUGAUAAAUGGUGGUAGUUACUCUUAGUUUGUGCGGUGGUCUAAACAGUGAUGCGCAGUGCUGCGCUAUCCAGGUCGCAUCUGGGGUGGCUAGUUGUAGGGAUGGUUGACAGACCUGAACCCAACUUGAAAAUCCAAAACUUGAAACAUCCAAGACGGUUAAUGACCGUGUAUACAGAUAAUGGAUUAAUGAAAAUUUCCAUGGGUA